AUGGCGAGUGUAGUGAGGUUGUCACGUCGUGCGUCGUCGUCUUCCCGGCAUUUUUGUGGUGUCACGCGUUCUUACAAUUCGUGGUACAGUAACAGUGAAGUGAAGAAAUGGAAAUACAGCGGUAGAUUGCUUGCUGCAGUUUCUAUCGGGUUUUUCGUUGGCUACAAAUAUUUGCAACCUGAAAUAGUAUACGCCAAGGCUCGAAAGAAGGAGGAUGAGACACAGAAGGCAGUAAAGCUGACGAUGAGGGAACGAAGAUUUAUAGAAUUUGCAUCGGUGGAAUAUGACGGGCAACUGUACAUGACGCCUCAGGACUUCCUCGACAGUGUUGUUGAACCUGAACCCAGGCCGAGGCUGAAAAGACGCGUGUUAAGUGACAAGGAGCUGGAGGUGACGAGAGAAACCAUCCCCUCGCUGUCCCAUGGAAAUCCACAUAUGUUCAGGAACCUACGGGACAAAGGAAUUAUUUCGUAUACGGAGUAUCUGUUCCUCUUGUCAAUCUUAACCAAGCCUAAAUCAGGUUUCCGAAUCGCGUUUAACAUGUUCGACACAGACGGAAAUGAACGUGUGGACAAAACUGAGUUUCUUGUGAUUCGACGAUUGCUCGGCGGGAACCUGAAGCACCGGGAUCUCGACGAUGAAACAAAACGUGCAUUGAAACACAUAAUGCUACCGAACGAAAAGAUCAUUCAUAAACCGAAACUUCGUAACGCCCGAGAAGAGAAUGAGAAAAAUCAACUUUUCCCUCACUCUUACAUGGAGAAGGUUUUCAGUCAUGCCUGGAGAGGACGCCAUGGUGCGGAAAGCAAAGAAAAAUUGACCGAAAAGCAGACGACUCCUGAGGAAAUACAAGAACAGUAUAUCGACGAUGAGCAGGGGUUGCAACGACGACAUGCAGUCGAUACGACUCUAAUGAUACACUUCUUUGGGAAGGAUGGAACCAACCAAUUGAAGUACGAAGAUUUCAAGUGUUUCAUGGAAAAUCUACAGCAUGAAGUUCUAGAACUCGAAUUCCACGAGUUCAGUAAAGGCCGCGAGACUAUAUCUGAAUUAGAUUUUGCAAAAAUCUUGCUACGAUACACUCAUCUGGAUACCGACGAAUACGAUAAGUAUUUGGAUAGAAUACUAAUAAACGCAGAUCUACAAAUAGGCAUCACGUUCGAAGAAUUUCGACGUUUUUACCAAUUUCUGAACAAUCUCGAUGACUUUUCAAUAGCCAUGCGAAUAUACACCCUGGCAGAUCAACCGAUAUCGAAAGAUGAAUUCCAACGAGCUGUAAAAUUUUGUACAGGGAGCGUGCUCAGCGAUCAUAUUAUCGAUACUGUCUUUGCACUUUUCGACGAAGAUGGCGAUGGCCAGUUAUCCUACAAGGAGUUUAUAGCGAUAAUGAAAGAUCGACUGCACAGAGGUUUCAAGUCUCAACAACGGCGCAAGCAUUUACAAGCAUUUACCUCCUGUGUAAGGCAAGAAAUGAAAUCGCAUUAAAUGGCAUUAAGUGGAUGGAUGAAAACGAAGGCCAAAAUAAACGUGAAGCGUCCAAGGAUAUAAAGUGCAAGUUAAGCCUUGGCUCGUUUUCGAAUCCUAGUCCCAGUUCAUUAAUAUUAUUGUGAUAAUUCUAUUUCAUCGCUACGACUUUAAAUCUCUACCUCUAUUUACCGUUUAUUUGUCUUGUCACGUUCUUCUUCUCUAUCUGCGUGAUUGCUAUGAUACGACUCGAAUAACUAACUAGUCUUGGCAGGUAAAUAA